GCUUCAUUUGGGCAAUGGUGGGGUUUGCCUUCAUGACGGGUGGCUCUCCUCCCAUCUCCACUACUUCCCAAAGGUCAAAGGCCCUUAGAAUUUGUUCUGCAGUUGACACCAUAACCUCAAAACAAUCCAUUUUAGAUGGCCAAGAGCUUGUUUCUUCUGGAGGGAGCUUCAUACUGGGAUUCUUCAGUCCAAGCCAGUCAAAGCAUCGAUAUCUGGGAAUUUGGUACAGGAAUAUUUCUCCACAAACGAUUGUUUGGGUGGGAAAUAGAGGAAGGCCAAUAAAUGAUUCAUAUGGACAGUUAACAGUCAGUGCUGAUGGUAAUCUCAUUCUUCUUGAUGGAGCAGGAAACACCAUCUGGUCGUCAAAAUCAAAUUCAGCAAGAUCAAUGAAAGAGCCAACUGCAAAGCUUCUACAUUCUGGAAAUUUAGUUCUCUUUGAUGGAACAGAUACUAAUUCUUAUGGUUAUGUGUGGCAGAGUUUUGAUUAUCCAUGUAAUACACUGUUGCGAGGGAUGAAGUUGGGUUGGGAUGUAAAGACUGGUCUGCAUCGACAGUUGACAUCUUGGAAAAGUGCUGAUGAUCCUUCUCCUGGAAAUUUCACCUUCAGCAUUGACAUUGGUGUUCUGCCCCAAUUUGUUCUUCGUCAGGGAUUGAUCAGGAAGUACAGAAGUGGAAUAUGGAAUGGUUUUGGUUUUAAUUCCAAUUUAUGGAAAUCUACUAAAGCCUUUGUUCCAACUUUCACCUUCAAUAGCAAUGAAAUAACAUACAUGGAUGGCAGUGCAGAUGACACAACUACAAUAUUAGUUAUGGGCCACAAUGGUUUUGUUGAACGGUAUGCAUGGGAUAAAGAAACUCUUCAGUGGAUCACCAUAUACGAAGCAAGGAAAGACCGCUGUGAUAACUAUGGAAUCUGCGGGCCUAAUAGUAUUUGUAAUAGUUACAAUUUGCCUGUUCUAUGCGAAUGUUUAACAGGCUUCAUCCCUAGGUCACAGGUAGAAUGGGAUGCUUUCAAUUGGGCUGGUGGCUGCAUCAGGCAGACACAAUUAGACUGCAGGAAACCAGAUGGCUUCGUGACACUUAGGAGGGUGAAAUUGCCUGAUGCACUGCAGUUUUGGACAAAUGAGAACAUGAAUCUUGAGGAAUGUAAGGAAGAAUGCUUGAAAAACUGUAAAUGUACAGCUUAUGCGAACUUAAAUGUCAUUGAAGGAGGGCAGGGCUGCUUGGUCUGGUUUGGAGACCUGUAUGAUAUGAGGCUGUUUAUUAGUGAAGCUAGUGAUGAUGAAAAGGAAGAGCAAGAUCUCCAUAUAAGGCUGGCUGCUUCAGAUAUAGAGUCAAUUGCCGAUAAUAGGAAAAAGAAAAGGCAAACCAUGAUGAUUGUGAUCAUAUUAGUCGUUUCCGGGAUCCUUGUCUUGGUGAGUUUCAUUAUUUGCUUCAUAAUCAAGGAGAGGAAACAAAAGGACAACAAAGGUACCAGAGACAACUUGAACAAAAACCUGGAAUUGCCUCUGUUUAGUUUGGCUACAGUGCUUACUGCUACAGACAGUUUCUGCUGUGAAAACAAGCUUGGGGAAGGUGGCUUUGGCCCGGUAUAUAAGGGUAUACUAGCAGAGGGGCAAGAGAUAGCUGUGAAAAGGCUCUCAGAAACUUCUAAACAAGGCAUCUCAGAGUUUAAAAAUGAAGUUAUGUUGGUAGCAAAGCUUCAGCAUCGUAACCUUGUCAAACUUUUGGGAGUUUGCACUCAAGGCGCAGAAAGGAUGCUGAUUUAUGAACAUAUGGAAAAUAAGAGCCUGGAUCAAUUUAUUUUUGAUUCAAGAAGAAGCAAGAUGCUGGGUUGGAAGAGACGGCUGGACAUUAUUGUGGGGAUUGCAAGAGGACUGCUUUACCUUCAUCAAGAUUCAAGACUGACCAUCAUUCAUCGGGAUUUGAAAACCAGCAAUAUUUUAUUGGACACUGAAAUGAACCCGAAAAUCUCAGACUUUGGCAUGGCUAGAAUUUUUGAAGCAGAUCAGUCCAGAGUUAAAACCAAAAGAAUUGCUGGAACAUAUGGUUAUAUGUCUCCUGAGUAUGUGAUUGAUGGCCUCUUCUCUGUGAAAUCCGAUAUAUUCAGCUUUGGAGUGAUAGUGUUAGAGAUAUUAAGUGGCAUGAAAAAUAGAGCUUUUCAGCAUCCAGAUCACCACCAUAACCUUUUAGGACAUGCAUGGAUACUGUGGAAAGAGGGCAGGCCCCUGGAACUUAUGGAUGUCAAUUUGGGAAGUUCCGGUUUUAAAUCUGAACUACUGAAGUUUAUGCAAGUUGGACUGCUGUGUGUACAGAAAGCCCCGGAGGACCGACCAACAAUGUCAGCUGUUGUUUUCAUGUUGAGUAAUGAUGGUCUAACACUAGCUGAGCCAAAGCAGCCGGGGUUCUUCAUUGAGAGAUGUCCCAGCUGUUACACUAAGGAAGAAUACUGUACUCGUUCUGCUGUAACUAUCACAUUGGUAGAAGCUAGAUAGUGGACAUCUUUCCUAGCUACAGAGUGGAUCUGCUAUCCUGUCAAUUCCCCUCUUUACAAUCACAUUGGUAGUACAUCUUAACAUGUUAAUUUUUUUUUUUUAACAAUUGACAAAUUAAUUUCUAUUUCCUAUAAAUUUUUUCUGUUGUU